AAAAACCCCAAUGAUGAUCAACGAUUCGCAAACCUAAGAGAACCGAUUGUCGGUAUCAUGGCCUAGGUUGGUAAUUUGUGCUCUCGUAGUGAGUCGAGUCUGGGCUGUUGGCUUGGUUGACGGUUGGCGUCUCCUUGCAUCACAAUCACCUUCUUUUCCGGAACCGUUGGUCCUGUUUCAUGAAAUGGAAUGCAUGACCGAUUUAACCUUUCCAUUAUCCCCUUGCGACUUACUUAGGUAGUCCCUCGAAUGGACGACAGUCAGGCAGGGUAGUAGUGGUUUCCAUUUUCCCUUGGCAUUCCCGGACCCUUUCUCUCUUUCUGCCACUCAUCUCUGUGCAAUGUUUCAACGGGGGGAGCAAUUGCACGUCGACGACACCGGACCACCCUCACCCCCCUUUGGGAGCGACUUCCCGGCUCCAGGUGACGGAUCGAAAGUCUAGAGACGUUCGCCCACUUCUCUGCUCCAAGUCCGGCUUUUGCCCUUUUACUUCGUCAGCUCAAGCUCGCCGUCCAGUUCUCAACCUUCCCGUCUCCCGUACAUUGACUGAAAAAAAAAGAACGAACCAAGAGCCGGCUUCUUGUUCAUUCGAAUCUGUCUCUGUCACAUCACUCUCUUUUUAUUAUUAUUUGGGUUUCAAAUCUAUCUGCGGCCCAGCCCAGUAUAACAAGCCAGUCAUUUUCAGCAGCAAGAAACCCAGCUUCAUAAGACUUCCGAACACUUGAGAGAGACGAUUUUGCUCAGUCUCAUCAUACCUAUCGCUCGCUCUACACAUCACCGUCCUUAGACGCUGCCACUCACCGUACCCACCGGGGUUACUCCACAUUCUUUGACGACAACGACAGCAACAACCUGAACCAAAAGAAGAAAAAAGAAACAUCCGCACAUCUCAGCCAACCACUCAAAAUGCACAACUCACGCUUCCACUCCCUUGCCGCUCGUCUCACCCCCCACGGUCUCCGUACCUCGUUACGAAGCCGCCGGUCCCGCUCAUCGUCGUCCUCGUCCCGGACUAGCAGCUCAGACGGCGAGGUGGAAAGACUCGUAUCGCCAACCAGCUCGACGGCCAGCCGCAGCACGCUCAACCGCGCCGGCAGCAACAUGAGCUCUUUGUUCGGCAUUCGAUUGGUGCCUUCAGAACCCGAGGACGAGGAAGAAAAGGUCGGCCCCCAGGAGCUCACAAAUGUCUUGGAGCCAAGACCGACGGACGAUAUGUACUUUUGCAGUCUGGAGGAGAAGAUGCAGAUGCCGUCCUUUUGAGAAGGGCGGUGAAGCAGGCAUGCAUCAACCUACUACUGGGACAUAGGCGGCCAAGAAAGGAACGAUGUGACGUUAAUGGGAAAAGAAAGAAAGAAAGAACCCCGACCCUCGCGAGCUCUGGCAGACAGAAGGAAGGAAAACGAGGACAUGUCAAAUUGGGGGAGUAAUGGGAAUAAGGAUGGGAAAGGAAAAUAGGUAUUGGGAACUUGACGUCGGCGGCUGAUGUCCGACUGACUUGACAGGGAUACUGACCCGGCGUUGAGGUUAUAUAUUCUUGUCGUGGCUUUGUUUCGAGUCUCUCGCUGCAAAUAUUGAAAAUGGCCUGGAAUCAGCAGGCUUCUUUAUUGUCGGAACUAGGGGCGUUUUAUUUUUAUUCCGAGCGGCGUCUUGUCUUUACGGACUUUGAACUCGUCUACUUUUUGUUUCUUUUUAUUUGGUCCGUCUUGUGGUGACGAUAUUUUUGAUGAGUUGAUGUCGUUUGGUAGACUACGUAUGAUAGUCAUGCUGUCAAAUAAUUCUGACAACUUACAAUAACUUGUCUCGAAUGAAAGUCGACACAUAAAACACCCCCCA